AUGAUGGGCUGUGGUGGCAUGCGGUGGACUGCGGGCAGAGCCUUUGUGCUCUGCUGUAAUGCUAUGAUGGUGCGGGUGUGGUACUGGCGGAUAGCGCGGAUGGCGUCGUCGCUGCGCAAGUACGACUGGAAGGAUCCGCUGGCGCUGGAGGAGCAGCUGACGGAAGAGGAGGUGUCUGUGAUGGACUCGGUGCGGCGGUACACGCGCGAGAAGCUCUUCCCGCGAGUGCUGGAGGCGCACCGCGAGGAGCGGUUUGAUCCGGAGAUCAUGGCCGAGAUGGGCGCCAUGGGCAUGCUCGGGUCCACCAUCGACGGCUACGGGUGCGCAGGGCUCUCGCAUGUGGCAUACGGGCUCAUUGCCCGCGAGGUGGAGUGGGUCGACUCGGGCUACCGCUCGGCCAUGUCGGUUCAGUCCUCGCUGGUCAUGCACCCGAUCCACGCGUACGGCACCGAGGCGCAGCGCGAAAAGUACUUGCCCAAGCUGGCGACGGGCGAGCUCAUCGGGUGCUUUGGCCUCACCGAGCCGAACCACGGGUCGGACCCGGGCUCAAUGGAGACCCGGGCGGUGCCGUCAAGCGACGGCUCGUCGUACAAGCUCUCAGGCUCCAAGAUGUGGAUCACCAACUCGCCCAUUGCCGACGUGUUUGUGGUGUGGGCCAAGACCGUCGACGACGGCGUCAUCCGCGGCUUCAUCCUGGAGAAGGGCAUGCCGGGCCUGACCGCGCCCAAGAUCGACGGCAAGUUCUCGCUCCGCGCCUCGAUCACCGGCUCGAUCUCCAUGGACGACGUCGAGGUGCCUGCCGAGAACCUGCUGCCCAACGCGCGUGGCCUUGGCGGCCCGUUCGGCUGCCUCAACAAGGCUCGCUACGGCAUUGCCUGGGGAACCCUCGGCGCCGCCGAGUUUUGCAUGGAGAAGGCUGUCGAGUACCAGCUCGAGCGCAAGCAGUUUGGCCGCCCGCUCGCCGCCAACCAGGUCUCGCAGGUCAAGUUUGCCGACAUGAACACCGAGAUCGCUCUUGGCCUCCAGUCCGCGCUCCGCGUCGGCCGCCUCAUCGACGCCGGCGAGCUUUGCCCCGAGAUGAUCUCGCUCAUCAAGCGCAACUCGUGCGCCAAGGCCAUCGACAUUGCCCGCGAGGCCCGCGACAUGCUCGGCGGAAACGGCAUCGCCGACGAGUACCACGUCAUCCGCCACGUCCUCAACCUCGAGGCCGUCAAGACCUACGAGGGCACUGACACCAUCCACAAGCUCAUCCUCGGCCGCCAGAUCACCGGCAUCCCUGCCUUUAGCAGCUAA